GCAGCUGUUUUGCCCACCAAUAUGCCUGAACCUCCACCAACCCUAACUCCAUGCAAGCCAGAUUCCAUAUGUCACCUGCUUAAGAGCAGUCUCUUUGCAGCGUGCCAUCCCUUUGUCUCUCCUGACAAUUUCUAUCGAGGUUGUGUUUUUGAUAGCUGCCAUGUUUCCAACCCAGCAGUAGAUUGUACAAGUUUGCAGACUUAUGCUGCUGCCUGUGCUCAGGCUGGGGUUUGUCUGCACUGGAGGAACCACACCAGGUUGUGUGCAAGUGACUGCCCAUCAAACAAAGUUUACAAGCCAUGUGGUCCUGCAGAACAGCCAACCUGUGAAGACAAGAAAGUUUAAUAAAAAAUAAAGUGU